ACCUUGUAAUGUAUAUGAAAGUAUUGGACUACGCACUAAAGUUCUUCAUUUCGACUAUUGUAUUUUGUUCUGUCCCGAAGGUGUUUGCGUUUUCCUCGUGUAAAACCAUUUCCGACGCUCUCUUCCGGUAUCUGUUGGAGACUGUCCACCAGCUCGGAUUUUGCGCUAAACUGCGCGAAAUAGUUGAUUUAAAUAUAAUUUAAUGGAGAAUUUAGCGUAAAACAAUUAAUGAGAAAUCGACACCGGUGUAAAAGGUGUAAUUGCCCUAUGCUGCAAACAUGCGCAAAAGUCGCGCAAAGUGUAACAUGUGGAAAUGUUUAGCGCAUCCACACAAACAGCGGCAGUCAUUCUUCAGGAAAUUGAGGGUGAUAGUUGAACUUCCUCAUUUGAGUCAGUCGAUAGUCACCAGCGGCGUGUAACACAUCAUCAUGUCUUCUGAAGAGACGCUUGAAUCCGGACUGGACUUUAUUGACUUUUUGGGCGACAACAGAUCCAGCUGCACCAGAAAGGAGCUUGAGCGCAGCUACGCGAGAUUUAAGAACAGUGAAGGAAUAGAAGACCCUCCAUUUUCCGAUGUCCUCGAUGCCCUACAGGAGUUCAAGAAAGUCAACAUAAAAAAGGGUAUAAUCUACAUAGAUGCCAUACCUCAGGUUCGGGUGUUCUGUGACCAGUGGAGGAGGCCCCGGGCCCCUCAGUCGCCACACAGUCCCGGCUCUGACCCUCAGAAUGCACCUUCAUCCUCCUCUGCCCCCUCAACUCCUGUGGCCCCCGUGCUAACCCCCAAGAGAAAGUUGGCUACGAAAGUCCUUCGCAAGUUAAAGCAGAACAGGAAAGAGUUGACAGCUGACAAGGGCGGCAUUGAGAUCACCUCAGACCCCGCUGCGACCGACGGAAAGGUUCAUUUCACUGUGCCUCGUCUGAAGGAGUUGUUCCUCCUCAGGUUCCGCAUCGUAAACAAGGGCACAAAGUGCAUCCAAUUCAACUCGUACACUGCCCUGUCAAAUUUGAGCUGUUUCACUCUGGAAGAUGAGAGAAGAGUGACCAGUGCUUCCCCGCUCGUACUCUCUCCUGGAGAAAGCUAUGAGGUUGUGGUUCGGUACAUGCUGAACCACUAUGGAUAUUUCCCAGCCACAAUGUACUUUGAGUUCUCCCCGGAUCUGCCAGGAUCCGUGUCCUUUUGCAUUGUGAGGGAGAUGGAAGCAGCAGCCAGGACCCCGCUGGCUGUGGAGCUGGGGCCCGUGUCUCCUUACAAACCAUUCCGGACGGUCACAUACAAGCCUGUUCGCAACGUGACAGUGGAGGGAGUAUUUCCUGAGAAGUCUUCCGCCCAGCCUCUAACGGCAGGGAGAUUAGUAAACUAUAACUACUCUCAUUAUCUGAAGGAUCUGGCUAAGCAAAGAAUGGAGGACUCUGAGUACCUCUCUCCAGCUGCCCGUCAGCAACUGGAAUCAGUGAAGGAUCUCCUCAAAUCUCCCUUAAAGAUGAAGACGUACGCUGAUCGAUUUCACCUCCUGCUACACCUGGAAGAGAUACAGAUGGAGGUGGACAUCAGGAAGUAUGACCUCCACAAUCAAACCAUGACUCAAGACAAAGACAUCCCAAAACUGCUCACACUCAGAGUUCCGGGUGUUGCGGAGAAUCGACCAUCUGUACAACGAGAAGAUUGUCUGAGGGUGACGAAAUCGGGAGACACGGUCCAGCCGAUCACUGUGUACAACGGAUAUGUUCACCGAGUGGAGCUGGAUAGCGUGAAGCUGGGCUUCUCUAAGAGAUUGUUGCAGGAUUUUAACAGCAACAUGAAGUUCAACGUGGAGUUCACUAUCAGCCGGUACUCCCUGAAGCUGCAGCAUCGUGCGGUGGACUUGGCGGUGAAACAUAAGCUCGAGGAGGUGCUGUUCCCGUCUGGUGCAGCGGAGCCUAUUCUCCCUAUGCCUAAACUCAGGAUGUUCAACCAUAAGCUGGAGAACAACCCGGAGCAAUGUGCUGCCGUCCAGCGCAUUGUAGCCGGAUCAUCGAAGCCCGCUCCUCACCUUGUGUUUGGGCCUCCUGGAACUGGAAAGACGAUCACUCUGGUGGAAGCUAUGAAUCAGGUCAGCAGGGCAGACACGUCGGCCUGCAUCCUCGCCUGUGCACCUUCAAACAGUGCAUGUGACCUCCUCUGUGAGAGACUGAUGGAAGACAUGGAACCUCAUAAGAUUUACCGCAUGUACGCCAUCAGCCGAGACCCGAGGACUGUCCCCAAGAACCUGCUGAAGUAUUGUAACUGGGACGAGACACAAGAUAAGUUUGUGUUUCCAGAGAGAGAGAAGCUGAUGAAAUACACGAUCAUAGUCACAACUCUGGUCACAGCUGGCAGGCUGUCUGGAGCGUUCCCUGUCGGCCAUUUUACCCAUGUGUUUUUGGAUGAAGGAGGCCAGGCUGUGGAGCCAGAGUGCGUCAUUGCCAUUGCAGGUCUGCUCAGUGCAGAGAGGGGUCAGCUGGUGCUCGCAGGAGAUCCCAAGCAGCUGGGACCAAUCCUUCGAUCUCCGAUUGCAGAGGAGCACGGGUUCGGGCUUUCUCUGCUUGAGAGGCUGAUGAGACACAACACUUUAUAUCAGAAGAGUAAAGAGUCUGGACACUUUGACACCCGCUUUGUCACCAAACUGCUGCGAAACUACAGGUCUCAUGCUGCCAUUCUGAAAAUCCCCAAUAAACUCUUCUAUGAGAAUGAACUGCAGGUGUUUGCUGACCAGUGGGAGCGUGAAGCCUACUGCAACUGGAAACACCUUCCCAAAAAGGGUUUCCCACUGAUCUUCCACGGGGUGAUGGGGAAAGACGAGAGAGAGGCCAACAGUCCUUCUUUCUUCAACGUGUCUGAGAUUCAAGUUCUGGUCGACUACCUCACCAAACUCAUGGAAACGCAAGGAAAGAAUGGUCUCCCCAAACUCUCUGCUGAAGACAUUGGCAUAAUCUCCCCCUACAGGAAACAAGUCGAGAAAAUCCAAAGAGCCCUGAAGUCCGUCCCAGCUCUGAAGAAAUUGAGUGAUCUCAAAAAACUCCAGGUGGGGUCUGUGGAGGAGUUUCAGGGACAAGAGAGGAAGAUCAUCAUGGUUUCUACCGUCCGCAGCAGCGUCAACUACGUCAAGAUGGACAAAGACUUCAACAUUGGAUUCCUUGACAAUGAAAAGAGAUUCAACGUGGCCCUGACCAGAGCCAGGUCCCUGUUGAUAGUCGUGGGAAACCCUGUGAUCCUCAACAAGGACUCCACCUGGAAGGAGUUCAUCAGCUACUGUGUGAAGGAGGAGGGUUACACUGGAUUUGACUUUGAAGACGCAGAAGGAGAGGAUGACAUUGUGUCAAAACUGGCAAACCUGAAAAUCAACCUGGAUUCUGACAAUCCUGCAGAAGAGGAGAGUGCUCUCCAUCUGGACCCUGAGCAUUAAAAUCUUCCCGUUUUAAAAAGACCAACAUGAAAUAAAGAACAAUUUGCAGUGCAAUUUAAGUGCAUAUAAGUAUUUUAUAUUUCCUCUAUUUAAACUAUGUGGCAUCUAUGUAUUAAUGUAUUAUUAUGCCCCUUUCUCAGAGCAGUGUGCGUAUUUGAUGAAUGAAACUGCUCCGUUUCGAGGGAGUCGUCCGUGCUUGACGUUUUCUCUCUGAACAGAAAGUUUAAUUAGCGCUGCACACAAGCAAUUCAUUCAGAGUGAGAAAAUAAGAAGCAGACUCAUCUAUUUCUCAGGAAUUCAUCACCGUAUGUCUCACUGCUGUUUGAACUUUGAAGUUAGUGUCUUUUCAUUUCCUCUGUUUCUGAUAUUUUAAGACUGAAUAAAAAAACCUCUUAAUUUCU